CACGGAGCGGCAGCGGGAAGAGGAGGAAGGAGGGAGGAGCAUCACGAGCUUCCCGCCCGCGCUCCCGGCCGGCUGCGAGCAGGCGCCUUGGCGGUGCCAGCGUCUUCUUCCCCGCCCUUCGCCGUCGCCACGGCGCCGGCUCGCGUCUGGUCUGGGCGGACGGCUGGGCCCUUGGCGGGGGCCCUUGGUGGGCGCCCUUCGGCCUCCUCGCCACGCUUCGGGUUUCGCCCUCCGCCUCGCCGCGCCUUCCCCGCCUCGGACGGGCGGGGCCCCGGCCCAGUGUUUUGACUGCCAGUUCUCUGUGAGGCAGAAAUAAUCUUUGCCAUAAAACAGGAGGUGAGAACAUCUUUUCGGAGUUCUAAAAGAUGAAAGACCAUCAUCAAAUCCUCAUCUGGUAGACUGUUUUUACUUAAUUGGUCAUUGUUAUCUUAAUAAGCAUGGAGAUAAGAUUAGAAGUUUUAACAUCAACAAGUAUCAAGCAGAAAAAGCCCUGGCCACGAGUCUCCUGGUUGGGACAGGAAAAUGAAGCUGUUUUUCUUUUGGAUGAUAAAUUCAUAAAUGAAAUUAAUUUGCUGUCAGGAAGAACAAAGAAGAAAAUUCCUUGUCUGCAACCUUUACUGAAGGAUGUUAUUGUCCUAACAACAUCCAGUAAUGAUGCCUGGCUGGCUGGGGUACUCACUACAGGGGAGCUUUUUCUUUGGAACAAAGAUCAAGAUUGCUUGAAAACUAUACAGACAACUGAAGAGCCUAAGAAAAUGAUUCAAGUUGCAGUAGCAAGCUCCUUGAGACUGUACUUGUAUGUAUCUGGAAAUGGGAAAAGAGUUCUGCUUAUAACUCCUUCUGGAUGCAUAUUUCUUUGGGAAUAUUUGGAAUUCAAGAAUAUCUUCUCUUCUAAAAGCCCUUCAUUGGUAGGCCAGUGGUCCCAGAUCAUACCUGAAGAAGCAGUUCAUUUGCCUUCUAAUGAAGAUAAAGAAGCUGUAGUGCAUGCUGUUUUUAUAAAAAAUGAGUUAUUUGGAGAUUGCUGCUUGUGUUCGUUUACUUUUUAUUCUGGAGAACGUCUGAAGUUGACAUUUCUAGCAAUUCGGUGGCAUGAAAAUGUAUUUACACCUAUAAGAUCAUUGCCAUACCAUGUUCAUUGGGCACAACAAAACUGCCUUCUGUGCAGUCUGGUUCCUAAAUGUGCAUCAGUAAAGUCAAGAGGAGCUCUACUUUCUGCCUUUUCAAGAGAUGGUGUUACCCUGGCAGUAACUCUUAAUCAGAAAGACCCAAAGGCAACUCAGGUAUUGUUUAUAAACACACUGAAUUUUGUUACUCUCUGUGGUAGCCUGAGAGGAUGUAGUAAUAAGAAUCCUGUGGUCCCAGCUACACUUAUCAGGUCCUACUGGGUAGGUGAUAUCAGCUGGACUCAUGAUAGUCUUUUUCUGGCUUGUAUGUUAAAACGUGGCUCCCUGGUUUUAUUGACCUGUCAAGGUGAAUUGGUAACAUUAAUUACAUUUGGCUGCUCCAUAGAAUUUGGGCCAGCAGAAUUUAUUCCUUUUCACCCACUAAUAACAUAUAGACCUCAGCAGUUUACAUUUCAAGAUUCAAAUAAUUCUGUAGAUUCAUCAGCUUCUGAUAGUGACCCUAUGAGACAGAGAUUUUCUAUAAAAGCACACUCACGGUUACCCUACCUCAUUAUUUCUGAUGGAUACAUGGUCACAACCCUUCGAUUUGUUGAUAACCUGUCUCCAUCAGUGCUCAUGAGAUCACUUCUACUUGAUUCAACCCAGAGGCUUGAGAAGACAUACCAAAGUAUGAUAUUGUCUAAGCCAAAAGGCAAAGGGCUGAACUUGCGAUCACUGGAUUCCCUGAGAUGUAGCCUGUUAAAACACCAAGGAAAUAAAAGUUUAGCUGAUUCUACUGUCCCCAGAUUCUUACAGGCAGAAGAAACAAUGAAGUUAAAUGAAAAAACAACAGAUUUCCAGGAUUUUGAAGCAGAAGAAACUAAAGAAGGCAAACACUUUCCAGACAACUUAUUCUCACUUUGGAACCAAAAAAAUGAUCCAUUGUUCAGUAGUGUCAAGGAGGGAAGAUUGGAAUUUGCGUCUAUGUUUGAUACAAUACAUGCAAAGGAUAAUAUCAAGGAGACAGAUAAAACCGUUACAGAGCUGCAUUCUGUUCAGAAAAAUCUACUUGCAGCAUGGGCUAUCGGAAUUUCAAAAAAUGUGACAGAAAAAAAUGUAAUGUUAAAUUACACAGUUGUUUGUAUCACUCAUUUUUUCUACAUUCUUCAAUUUAUAAAAUGUCCUUUCCCCAAACUAGAUCCUUUUUUAAGCAAGAGCACAAGACAGAAUGCAUGGGUACUUUGUAUCUUUCAACUUUUUCAUCAGUGUUUAUCAAUGCAAUAUUGGGAUAUGAGAUACAAACAAGAUGUGGGACAUUUGGUAAAGCUGACCUCAAAUACUAUAAAGCUUUUGCUGACUCAGCAACAACAGGGUCAGUUAUUUUCAGAGAAGCUUUUGGCUUGUUUUCAUUUACUUAAAAUGGUAGCUGAUAAUUUAAAUGGCAUAUACAUUCUUCAGCCUGAAGUUAUUUCAGCAUCUGUUGAUGGAAGUAGAACAGCAGAUCAAGACAAAUUGGUGGUACCCAUUUUUCAAAUGUUUCAAUAUAGUGAUUCUCAGGAAAACUGGUCUUGGGACUCAUCUUUCAAGAUUCGUCCUCAAGUAGUAAAUCUUGCUCAGCGACCAGGACGCAGAUUGAUUGUUCUCUGGAGAGUGUUGUACAAAAACACCGUAUGGUAUCAAACACAAUUAAGUCAAAGACUUCCUGAAGGUGACCGACAGUUAACUGAAAAGAUGACACGGGAAGCAUCUACUGUCAAGGCUCUGUUAUGUCAUAUACAGGCUAACCUACAGACUGCUGGAGUUCACUUGAACCAAGCCUUAGAACUUCAAUCUAUCCAUGGUGAAGAGUGUUUCCUGUUAGGAUCAUAUGAAAAAUCUGUUCAACUGUGGAGGAAAGCUCUGCAAGAAACUCAAGAGAAAGGAGGAAGAAGAACAUGUUUUCUUCAGAUACGCUAUUAUCUUUCUCUUUUAUACUGCUACCUCUAUAGCUAUAAUUUAAAUGAUGCUCAAGGAUUGUGUGAUCACCUAGUAAGAGAAAUUUUGAGGUGGUCCCACCUACCUGUAAAAGAAAAUGAGGAUUGUUCAGUUCCUGAGAAGUCUCACUGUGAGUUUGGAAUGACUAGAAAUGUUGUUCCUGAAGCGGCAGUGACGGUUAUCCAGUCCAUGGCUCGUUUCAUGGCCGCCUAUUUCGCCAAUCAGCUGCUUUACAUUUUGCCACCUCACAAUGUGAAUGUUCUUCCUCCCCUUCAUGUUAAAACAGAACAGUGCCUUCGACUUAUUCCUCUACAACACUCUGAAGUGGCUAGUGUUGUAAGAGAUCAGAAUCUUUCUGAUGUGUGGACAGUUGAAUAUGCCUUUGAAUUAUUACUUAUUGGAGGCCUAGUUCCAGAGGCUGUGUGGUUGGCACAUAAACUUGGAGACUGGAAGACAUCUGUUUCCAUUGGUGUGGCUUUCCAACUGUUCUGUAAACAUGAUAGAAAUUUCAUAAGGUCCAACAAAAAGGGUCUAAAUUUACCAAUAAAUUUGACUCCAGGACAGAUUUUCCAGGAAAAACUGAAGUGUUUUUUAGGUCGGCCAGCCUCUUUUGAAGCAAAAAAUGAAAUGGGCGCAAAAUACAAACAGUUUACAGAUCCCAUUGAAGAAGAAGAUGUAAAUCUGCUAUUUGGUUCAGUGCAAGAAGUACUGAAAGCAGCAGUUAUGGCUGAUGCAGAUAUUCUGUCAGAGACAUUUCAGCUUCUGGUAAAUUCUGCCAAGGACUUCAGUAGAAGGCUGCGGGGCUUAGUGCCGGUCGGCUUGUAUCUUCCGGCUCCUCCAUUGUAUUGUCCUCAGCCAGCCAUUCGCAGUGAAGAAGAUGGUGAUGAUCUUCUUUUAAAAGCUGAGAAAGAGAACCGCCAAAAGGUGUCUGGAAUCCUUCAACGGGUCCUCUUGCUUUUCCGGGCAGCUCGGUGUUCUUUUCCUGUGGCACAGUGGUACAUCUUGCAGUUGAGAUGGGCGAGAAAGGUCAUGCAGAAGAUUCGAAUGAAAGGGUCCCUUCCUUCAUUGAGUCCUUUCCCUCAGUCAUUACUUAAUUACUGUAAAGGAGGUAUAGCAUUCUUUCGACCUGGAGCAGCUGGAGACCACAAGCUUGAUGAAGUUUCCAUUAAAGCAAUAGGUUGCUUCAGAGAACUUUGUGCUUUGUGUUGGAUGCUACAUAUUCGUGAUAAGUUAUCCUAUAGUUGCAGGCAGUAUCAGAAAGCAAGAGAAAAUGUGGAGGGAAAAAAGGACCUCGAAGUGGAGUUUGAUUCUUGUAUGGUUGAGCACUGCCUCAGUGCAGUGGAGUGGGCGUACAGAAUGCUGCCCUUCUCUCGGUUUUCUGAUAUUGAAGAACUUAUUCAGGAUCUAAUUUUGAGCCUUAUUGGAGAACUGCCACCAAUCAGAAAGGUAGCAGAAAUUUUUGUGAAAGCAUUUCCCAAUCCUGAAGACAUAAGGGUUCCUUUAAGAGAAAAAUAUCACUCUCUUCAGCAGAGACUCAGACACUGUGUUGUGAAAGGUUCCCAAACCGAGGAAAUGAUGUCUGUUAUUAUGCAUUCUAUACAUAAAGUGAGAGUGAAAGCCCUAAAACGUGUGCAGAGAAAUAUAGGUUCUUUUGAGAUGAAUAUCUGGGAACCAGUUGGAGAAGAAAAACCAGCUGAGGUUCCAGGUUUUGAUAGGUUUUCCCUAGGAACUAGUUUGAGCAGAAGCACACUCACGGAACUGGGGAAUUCUCUAGUCCACAGUGAUGCAGAUACAGCAGACACCUUCUCGGAAGCAUUGUCAGUUGAAGAAAAACGUAGGAUACGUGUCUAUCAAAGAGAUGCACCAAAUCAUGUGGAAUUAACAUCGAUUGAUAAGUCCAAUGAAAAAAAGAAGAUAUGUAAUCAGAAAGAAAAUCUUGAAAGAAAAGAUCAUGAAAAGUUAUUACAGAAUGCACUUCCUAUAAUAGGUAUUUGGGAAUUUGAACGUGAUGAUGAUGAAUAUAUUAAAUUUCUUGAUCUCUUCUUGAGUUAUGUUCUUGAAAGAGACCUACUUGAUUCCAAGGAUCCUGGCAUUCCAUUUCUAACCAGUUUUUCUGGACAUCUUAGAGAACACGAACUUAAUUCUUUACUUUUUGAUGUACAUACAACAUUAAAACGACGUCAAGGCAAAGCCAAAAGCCAGAAUGUGUUUAGAGCUGGCUCCUGCUUUGUUGCUUCUGAGUCAUAUGAGUCUGAAAAGUCAGAAAACCAAGCACUUUCAGCUUCAGUACCGGUUACUCAAGAAAUCUGGCCAUUUUUAGAGAAUCCUUUGAAUGAAGUCGAUAAAAAGGAAGGGACAAGUGGAUUGUUUGGUUUAAAACAAAAGUCAGUUUAUAGACUACAAGAUGACAGUUCAGAGAAACCUGUAAUCCAGAGAUUGUCAAACCAUAUUUUUUGGAAUCCCAAGUCCAACAAAACUAGAAGAUGUAUUUUUAAAGCAAUUCAAUGCAAUGAUGUUAACCCUCAAGAAGAUCUUCCUCUAGUACUAAACAACACAUUUAGUAGUAUAAGAAGGCUGCUGGAAUGGAUGAUAAGGUGGUCUAAUAAAAGACUGCUCUGUGAUCCUAGUCUCACUGAGUUAUCCUGUGAAUAUAGUCCCAUCAUUCGUGUAAAGACCUCUACAGCUGCCAUUCUUACAUCAUUGUGGCUUUUGGAACAACCAUAUUUUGCUACAUAUAAGGCAAAAAAUGCCAUUUUUAAGGUGCUAGAGAAUCAUUACUGUCAGUCUCAGAGUGGACCCAACAUUGAAAGUGAUUGCAAAACAGAUGCUGGCUGUUCUUUUGCAGUAUCCACUCAAGGUGGGACUGAGGAAAGAAAUGAUCAAAAUGAGUCUCAUCAAAGUAUCUUGAAAAUGCCAACUGAAGCAUAUAAUCCUGAAAUAAAAGAAACCAAAGAUGAGAUUAUUUCUGUUACUGAUGAUAGUGAAAAAGAAUUUAUAGAUAUUGAUGAGGAUCUUUUAGAAGUAGAAACAUUUAACCAAGAGGAAAUGGAAAUACACCUAUCAGACUAUGAAGAAGGUACCAAAGAACCUGUUGGAAGUCUUAAAAGUUCCACUGUUGCCAUUAACAUGCAGACUUUACCACAGCAUUUAGAAGAACAUUCCACAGAAGAGGCUCAGUGUGUAAGGGAAGAACCAUUGAAGACAUGUAUGGAGAAAAAAUCAAGUGAACAGAAAGGUAUGAUCGAAGCCUUUUCAAUUCCUGAACACACUGUUCCUUAUUCAUUUUGUGUAGAUACAAGUUCAGAAAUUUCUAGUGCACAGAUCUCUGCAUUUAAAGAUAAAUCUUCCUCAGCUCCACCUUUCGUAUCAAAUGGAGUCAGUGUUGCUUCACAAACACCUGGGCCAACACAUCAGCAGACCCAGAGAAAUGAACCCAGGGCUCAAUUGCCAGAUUCUUCAGAUUCUGUUAGGCAGAUGCUCCAAGAUGAAAUGUUUAAAUUAGUUCAGCUGCAACAGAUCAACUUCAUGAGCCUAAUGCAAAUAGUAGGAUCAUCCUUUACUAACCUCCCGGAUAUACAUCAACGUCUACAGCAGCCUCAGCCCGUGCCUUUGGUGGGAAGUCAAGUAUCAAACCCCACAAGAGGGAGUAGUGAUGUUGAUGACACCAGUAGAAAUUUUAAGGAGAGAUCUUUUAUUAAACCACAGUCCAUGGGCGAGUACACCACAGAGCCUGGCAAGAAGAGUCCACACGGCCAUAAAGGAAUUGUGCAGUCUGAUCAGAAUAGUAAUGGAAAUUUACAGAAUGUUCCACAUGGGAGUGUUCCUUUAUGUCAGUUAGAAGGCCUGCCUCCCAACACAGGACUGACUCCAACAUCUCCAAGCUUCCCAACCGCUGCACUGUCUCCAGCUCCUACUGGAAACACUCCCCUCCACCUUCUGUCUCCAUCUUCUGCCAUCCUGAAGACACCUGGACUCAUCCCAGCUGCAAAAACUUUCAAACCUGGAGAUGGUUUUCCUUUGCUUCAGUUUCAGGCUAAGCAUGAAUUGAAGUCCCUUUCCUUCCAUACAGGAAGAGUUCCACAAGUUCCCUUCAGGCUCCUGCCGCAGCCAAGAGAGGCAUGGGGAUUAUCAGAUUCCUUCCAGCCUCCUUUGCCACAGAGAACAGUGCACACCACUUCAGUGUCCCAUCUGAGUUUGAGCCACUAUAAUACUGAAGCCAUAAAAAAAGCAGUUGAGCAGAAGAAAUGGCCAGAAACUGUAAUUACAGAAAUCACUAAGCAUGUGAACUUGGAUCAGUAUGUUGGUCAAGAAAACUUGACACCUCAACAGGACUCUUCAGUAUUUAUAAAACCAGGGAAAAUACUUGAUGUUAAGCCAGGACCCCUUGAGAUAUCUCCUCAGAAUUCCUUUGGACUUCCAUUAUUGCACCUUCAACUUAAACCUCCUUAUAUAUUUUCCUCUGCCUCAAGAGCAUCAGUAACAAUUCCCUCAAUACCUACCAGAACUGUAGCAGAAGAAAGAAAAUACCCAAGGCUGUCAUUACUUCAUUCAUGCCUAUACCCCAAAAACACGUACAAAAACCCACAACUUAUUCCACUUGAAAACCUCAUUGCAUUCAAACAAAGCCAAGAGAAACUAACACAUAAUUUAUUUGAACGAGGCGAUUCUGGACACCUUCAGCUUCUAAAUGUCAAAAUAGAACCAUCUGAAGUGAGACAAGGAAAGGACAGUAAAAAAAGACAAAGACGACGAGCUGAGAAAGAGCUACAAGAAAAAAGAUCAGAGAAACUAAAGAGAAAACCAAGUGUGGCUUUCCAACCAGAGGGUUCCCUUGUGAAUGAUAAUGAUUCAGAAAUAGUUAUGAAACCCAAGGAGCAACAAGAACAUCCUGGUUCCCAGCCUUUGGAUGACUUCGAUAUUCCUUUUGAAAUGCUACAAGAUGAUAUUAAUACUUCAGCUGGAUUGCACUUCAUGGCCUCUGUGAGAAAGAAAGCUGUAGAAUGUCAGGAUGCAAGUACAAAUACAGACCCAGAACAUGAACCUUCGAAUGUUCCUCAAAUGUUGGCUUCUGAUGUAUGUCUAAAUCUCAAACUUCCCAAUGAAAUAUCAGAGAAACCUUUGUCACCUUCACCGUCUGAUCUGGUUGGACACACUUACAUAAAUGUGAUUGACAUUAAAGCUGAUGAUCUACCGGAAUUGCCUGUCAAAGAAGAGCCUUCAAAUGAUACUAUUAUCAAACAGCCAAGUGAUCAUCUGGAGGCCCCAUCUUCUGCAGAGUUACAUUAUAUGGCAGCUUCAGUUACAAAUGCUGUUCCCCUGCACAGUUUUAAGAGUGAAGAGUCUGCCAAUUCCACUAUGGAUUUAUUUUUUAAACCUGCGGAAGUGUCUCCAUCCUGUCUGGCUGGAAGAAGCUGGAGAGCAGGCAGUACAGAGGUGAAGGAGCCUGGGAUCACCCCACCUAUACCAUCAGAAAUACAGCAGGCCAGAGAUAUGCCGAAGCCAGAUUUUCGAUUCAAAGAACAGAGCUCAAAGUCAGCUGCUGCAGAGGAUGAUCCGCUGUGGGAGCCGCUGCAGGAUGUGUCUGCCGCUCGUCCUGCGCAGAGCUCUGCAGCUCGCCGGCUCGAGCAUCUCACCUCUAAGCUUCAGGAAAUUGAUGCACAGAUGUUAGCAAUACAGAACAUUGCUGAAAACAUAGAGCAGGAUUGCCCCAGACACAAAAUGCUAGAUCGACAUUGUGAUAAGGUUGAACCUGAAGAUCACAUUGAAUUGUCUUCUGGUCCUGAAUCUGAAAAACCAUUGGCUUCAAAAGCCAUUGGCAUUUCCGAAGUAUGUUUCCUGACUCAUAUGAAUAAGGAGGCUCAAAGUGACAAAGAGGAGACUUCAGAAGCUGAAUUUUCAGUAACAGAAACUCAUUCUAGUCAAAAAACCUGUGUGUUUCCUUCUGCUGAUUCGGCUCUCAGCCUCUUCAGUGACCAGAAUACAACUUCUCCUGGUGAGAAUAACAGUGAUGAGUUAUUUGAGAGCGUUUCAGUAGAUCCACUCCAGAUGACUGGAUUAACUGAUAUUGCAGACAUUAUUGAGGACCUUAUAACAAAAGAUGGUGUCUCCAGUGAGGAGCUCGGUUUAACAGAACAACAAGCUAAGAAUAUCUCCAGAAUUCAGCAUUCUUCUGGUAGACGAACACAAAGAACUGAGAAGGAAAGAAGAGAAAUUCAGGUGUGGAUGAAAAGAAAACGCAAGGAAAGAAUGGCAGAGUACUUAAACCAGCUGGCGGAGAAGAGAGGGCAAGAACAUGACCCUUUCUGCCCAAGGAGCAAUCCAUUUUACAUGACUUCACGGGAAAUCAGGCUGAGACAGAAGAUGAAGAACGAGAAGGACAGAUUGCUACUCUCUGACCACUAUAGUCGGCGGAUCUCACAAGCAUAUAGUCUGAUGAAUGAACUGUUAUCUGAAUCAGUACAACUACCAACAACUGCACAGAAAGCCUUGCCUAACAAACCCAGAACUGCUCACAUUUCCCGAGAGCAACACUCUCUUUCUCCAAGAAGAGAGAAUCAAUAUGGUCACAAUAUUCCAAUAAAUCAACCUGGAAAAUUCAAAUAUAUAUCCAGACCAAGUUACAUCCGAAAGGGGAAACCUCAAGGCCCUCCUUGGUCACGUGGAACUGCUACUUCUGCCGUACAGAGGAAAGGUGCUGGAGCCAAAGUGGCAGUAAGAGCGGCUGUGCCAUCUCCAGUUACCUUCCAGAAAGAUUGGCUAUCCCGAACAAAGCCUGGAGAAAUGCACUCCGAUCUGAAGAGAAGAAAAUUACAAGGCCAUCCCUGCAGGAAGCAAGGUUCUGGUGCUCCAUGUCGUCUGCAGUGUACAAAAAAUCACAUUAGUGCUGAGCUUUCACCUCGAUCAAAGCAGGUGUGUAUAGAGUACGAGAGAGAGGAGACCAUGGUGAGUCCCUGGAUGGUACCGUCACACAUCCGAACAAUUCUUCAUGAGAGUCAUAGUUCCCUUCUACAAGACUUGUCAGCAGCUGAAGAAGAGCUAGAGCUUCCUUUCCAUGGCACGGACGGCAUGUCUGAGAGCACCAGCAGCAUCCUCAGCAAGCUUGACUGGAAUGUCGUUGAAGACAUGGUGGCCAGCGUGGAGGAUAAGAGUCUGUCUGUCCACUGGGCCUUGGACCUGUAAGACCCGAGUAUCAUUCUGUUGCCAAACAAAGGCCGGCGCUUCAGUGACAGUAGUUCUGAAAGACUGGUGUGUUUGAAAGAGAAAAGCAGUGAAGGAAGCAAUGUAAAUAUACACCUGCAGCCAUAUUAUUACCCAGAUUAGCCAUUUCAAGAGGGAAAAUAAACACUUCUCAAUAAUUUUGCCUUCAUGGGUAAAGGGUUGUUUAACUAUAGAUCUGUGACAUGCUUUUGCAUUUGAUCUAUCUUCAGACACAAUUUUUUAAAUGAUGAAAAAAUGAAGAGUACCUGUCAAGUUUACAUAAUAUUUAAGUUACUUUCAAAUAAAAAUCUUCUGUUUCGUCUCCUUCUUUACUACCCCCUGAGUUUUGAGAAACAACCUUAUAUGGAUAAACCUGAUGGAAAAAUUGAGAAGAAAGUCACAGUCUCACGCUGAGAUUCGAUAAUGAACUCCAUUUUAGAACACAGCCUAAAAGUCACCUGGGCCGGCCUGGCUCCUGAGUGAAAAGAAACCAACCACCUUCCACCUGUCCUGUGCCCUGCAGCCUGCGAAGCCUUGGAGAAAGAACCAGGGAAGAACACUUUGAAUGGGAAAUAGAACUCCUGACUCCAGAAGGCUCAUGUUAACUUUGUAAAGACCAUGGUGCAGAAACCUGGGUAGUUUCUAGUGUUGCCCCCAAAUAAUGUCAUCAUUUUGGAGAUGAUAAUUUUAAUGAGAAGAAACUGAAAACCUUCACUCAUUUGUCAAUUUUUGGUGUAGUAUCAAAGAAUA